AUGUCUUCUCAACUAGGUCUGAUAAAGGAUGAAAUAGUCCUCAAAGCGCGAGCUGAAGUAAAUGAUUCAAUACCACCGGCCUGGAGACUCACCCCUGAGCAGCUCAGGCUGCCAGAAGGUGCCAGCGUCAUAGAUAUGCCAAGGACAUGCGGGCUAUUGACCCCAAAGCAUAUGGAGAUCACUGAAGCAACUGCAACAGAGCUACUAAGCAAGAUCUCCAUUGGGGAACUAUCGAGUUCUGAGGUGACUGAAGCAUUUUGUAUAAGAGCGGCAAUUGCCCAUCAGGUGACCAAUUGCUUAACGGCAUUUUUCCCUGAAGAGGGGCUUCAAACUGCUGCUGCUCUGGAUAAACAAUUUCGCACAACUGGAAAGACCGUGGGGCCUCUCCAUGGCUUACCUGUUUGCAUAAAGGACAUGUAUGAUCUCAAAGGUCGUCGCUCAACAAUGGCCUAUAUUUCGUGGUUUGAUGUCGUCGCCUCCGCCGACUCUGCUCUGGUGGCAAUACUUCGGGAUGCCGGCGCAGUUUUCUACUCAAAAACAACUAUGCCACAAACUGGUAUGAUGCUUGAGACACGAAGUCCAUUGUGGGGAGUCACUACCAAUCCCUUUAAUAACCAGCUUGUGUCCGGGGGUUCCUCUGGUGGGGAUGGUGUCCUAGUGGCCAUGAGAGGUAGCCCCAUCGCCCCUAGCUCUGAUAUCGGGGGCUCAAUCAGGGCCCCGGCCGCUUUCAAUGGGCUUUAUUCGAUCAGGCCAAGUGCUGAUAGGAUUCCUAAAGGGGGGCUUCGAAGUACGGCUCCGGGAAAUGUUUCCAUCAAGGUCUCCAGUGGACCAGUGUGUCACAAUAUAGUGGAUCUGAAGAUGUUCACUAAGAUUAUCAAUGCUCAUGGCUCGUUGGCACACUUUGAGCCAGGCAUAGUGCCGAUACCUUGGAGGGAGUUACCACCCCCAGUACCAAAAUACAGCUUUGGAGUAUGGACCUUUGAUGGAGUAUGCAUGCCUCAUCCCCCUAUUCUCCGAGCGAUCAAGGAAAGUACAUUAAGAUUGACUAGCCAAGGACAUGAAGGUACGAGAUGCCUUAAAAUAUGUUAG